CAGUAACAACAACAGUAACAACAACAGCAGCAGCUGGACCACUAGCCCCGACGGACGCCGCCGACGCCACUAGAGACUCCAUUUUGAAGGCAUCACGCCAACCGGAAAAAUCGUCCCGCCUUGGCCCUCUGUGGAUCAUUCUCGUCAGGAGGGGGCGUGUCGGCACGCCAUUCCGUUCCCAGUCCCCCGUUCCAGACGGUUGUUUUUUGUUGUGGGAUCUCUUGGGACAGAUUGCGUGAUUUGAGCACGCAACACUCAAAAUGUCGGAUAGCGAAACCCCGAAGGCCACUCAGGCCGGCGAAUCCGCACCCACUGAGGCCGCCGAGGUCAACGAGGCCGCCAAUGCCGUAGCACCCGUGCCUGUGCGUCAAUCCGCCCGAUCCGCUGCUAAAGCCAAGGCCAAACUGGUCGAGAUUGCCUCGGAUUGGGCCGACAAUGACGAAGAAGAGCGGGUAGUGACGGCUCAAACCACCGAGGCCGCAGACGUAGAGGUCGAGAGCCCAUCGCCAGUGGAUUCAGAAGCUCAAGAUCACGAUUCCAAGACACCCAAGAUUAAUGGGAAAAAAGGCGAGGAAGAAGGCUCCGAAAAGGCUGAUGCCUCCCAGUCGGAUGGAACGGAAGAAAGUUCAGCCUCAGGCCCAAAAGCCCCAGAAGAAUGCGGGACCUCGAAACACAACGGUCAGCUCGAAGUGGUUCCACCCAGUCCGGUCAAAACACCCGCUUCAGCCUCGCCAGGAAAAUCGAACAAGAAAUCGAAGAAGGAAAGCUUUAAGUGGAACACGCCGGCCGACGAGUUUGCCGACGACGUCGGAUCGGAUGAAGAAGGAGAUUAUUACGACGAUCCCGAUAAUAGCACGGACAUUGUCAUUCAUUUGGGCCAAGAUGCGGACAAGUACGAACUGGAGAAGAAAUUUCAAAUCAAAAGCGAAAACCCGGAAGACAUUAAGCGUUUUGUGGAGCACUACAAGGCCUCGCUUAAGGUCAAAGAACAGCGAAAUACCUCGAAGAAACCCGAGAGUAAGCAAAAGUACGAAUGUCCCAAAUGCAACAAAGUGUGGAAUUGGCCUUGGGAAUUACGUCGCCAUGUUCUCACUCACUACAAAGAGAAAGAGCGUCAACAAACCACAAACUACCGCUGCGAAGAAUGCGGCCGAGGCUUUCAAUGGAAGCGGGAUUUGGCCCAACAUCGACGCUUGCACACGGGCGAUAAACUCUUGGUAUGCUCGGUAUGCGAAAAGAAGUUCACAACCCGUCAAGCGUUGCUUCAUCACGUGGUGGUCCAUACCGGAGAAAAGCCCUUUCAAUGCGCACUUUGCGGUAAUAGGUUUACCCAGCCAGCCAAUUUGCGGACUCACAUGAAGAAGAAACACGGGGGAGGCGGGAUUGACGCCAACAAGUGCCCUCAUUGCCAAGAACAAUUUCAGAGUAUUAUUUCCGUUCAUCAACACAUCCUCGAAGACCAUCAGAACAUCGUGGCCGAGGACCGAGAAGAGCAACAAAUGGAAAAGUUGAAGAGGGAACAAGAAAAGGCGGAGAAGCUCCGACAGAAAGAAGAGCGCAGGAAGCUGCGAGCUGAACGGAAGAAAGAAAAGAUCGACUUUAACGACUUCCGAUCAAGGGGAUUGCAAGAGUGGGAAAUCAAUUACGAAUUUUACAUUGGCGAGGGGCUCGUGCGAGGAGUAGACUGGGAUCGGACGCCAAGCAACGGCGAAUUGGCGUGCGAGAUUUGUGACCGUAAAUUUGGUUGGCGUUAUGAGGUCAUGUUCCACAACCUUUGUCACAUGGUGGACGAAUUUGGCAAUACCAAGAAUCGCUUAUGUCCCGAAUGCGAUACCUCGUUCAAGGUGCCCAUCGGGUUAAAGCAUCAUCUCUUGUUGCACACGGGUGAGCUGCCUUUCCUCUGUCUGCAUUGUUGGCGUUCCUUUUCAUCGCACAUCGACUUGAAGCUCCAUAUCAGGAAAGAACAUCUCUUCCAUUUGGAGCCGGAAAAGAAAGAAAUCCCAUCCAGUCGGAAGAUGAAGAUCAAGGCCGAACCGAAACGCCUCACCACUAUCAAGGGACAAAAGCUGGAGGUCGACCCCUCGGGAGAUGAGCAAGAGACCAUGGAGUUGGUAAUGGACAAUCAGAUGGACGAAUCAAGCGAAGGCCAAACCAUCUUGUUGGGCAGUGACGGCACCAUUAUGCACACGGGAGAUCAAGACAUGAUAGUUGUCAUUCAAUCGGAAGACUUCGAUCAAAACAAUGGCUUAAUCGUGGUAGACCCAAGCCAACUCCAGCAAGUCAUGGGAAGCGACGGGAUGCCUGUCACAGUUUUACAAACUCAAGAUGGCAUGAUUUUCGGGCAAGAUGGUAGUAAAGUAAUGGUAUCCGAGGCGGGCACUUCGAUGGCCUUGCAGAUGAGCAAUGACGGUGAAGUCAAUUCACCCAGUACUAGUAACACCACAACUUAUGCCGUUCAAGGAGCGGAUGGAAAGUUCUUUUUGCCGGAUGGAACUCAAGUGGAGGCCGCUAAUAUAUCCAUCAAGGGCGAGGAUGAAGGUCAACAAAUUGUCGUAUCUCAAACCAAUGACUCUGGCUCUGGAGAGGAAGAAACAACUCAUAUCAUCGUCUCGGAUGCCGCUCCUACGACGGAGGCCGAAUCUGCUGCCGACGAAAGCAUCGCGGAAGACAGCAUGGUCAGUGAAGCGGUCAGCCAAAUGGAUGAAGCGUCUCAGGGGGAAGCCGAAUCUACAACUACGAUGGUAGUGGUUGAGGAGGAAGAGGAUCAGGCGCAGACUACCGCUUGAGUAUUAAGAACCUUCUCGCGAACUGAACAGUAUCCUGUCCUCACGCACGCACGCUCCAGUCUGUUGAAAUCGUCACCUUGCUCAUCCGUGCGUACCCAAGAUAAAGAACAGAUUCCAGGUGGCUAUUCCGUUCUUGUCCUUCUUAUUUGUCCCAAGAAAAGUUCACAUUGGUAUGACGGAUCAUUUUUGUGAAUAUGUUACAUCGAUACCUGUUGAAUCAGUUACCGAUGAAUGAAUGAAUCAUGUCCCUUAUCUCUCUUA